AUGUCUCACCAGGAGGAAUUCAACAAGGAACUGGAUGCUGUGUAUGGUGAGAUCUCCAGCCAAGUCGAAGGCUUUGGCUUCUUUGAUGCAAAGUUAUCUGGGCAAUCGCAAGAAGUAUUUCGACAGCAACUUGGGGUGCUCCGGACCAACUGUUUUGAUUCCUUGGACCGGACCAACCUUUUGCAGUACCAGGUCACUUGGCGAUGGCUUGAAGCCUACAUACUUCGUCAACCAUCCUUGCAAGGCUUUGCGCAAGCAGUUUCUCCCACGGGAGGAUACAGCAAGGGCCUGGCCUUUUUUGACAUGGGCAACGAUCGUCAGGUUACUCUGCAGAGUCUGUUGAGGAGUAUGUGGGCAGAUCUGGGGGAUACUCUCUCGCAGCAGUACACUGGAGCUGCAUCCACGAUGGGAGCGGCUCUACGUCAGGGUGGGCACACUGCUCGGGCCAUGUUGGAGAAAGGGUGGCGUGCAGUGAACCGCGCUUACUGUGCCCACUUUGAGGAUGAUGCAAGGCAAGCUGCGCUACAACUUCUACUGGGCAGCCACAAGUUGACUAAGGUGCCAAUGGCAGAGAUCCGACGUUGUCCACAAGGAAAGCUUUUGGUUGCAGUUGCCUCCUGGAAUCUGCAUGGUCAUCCCUGCUGGGAAUGCCCCGCAACGCUGAAAGGCCUGAUUCAGGGCGCCUCCACUGUGAACGGUGAACAAGUGCAUCCUGAUAUUUUUGUCUUCGCGUUUCAAGAGUUUGCAGAGCUUUCUGCCAGCAACGUGGUCUUGCUGAGUUCCGGGGAUGAAGCGCGGCAGUCGGAGUUUGAAGCGAAAGCCUCGACGGCGUUGAACGAGACGGGCGAGACGUUUGUACCAGUACGUUCGGUCGGUAUGGUUGGCCUUGUGGUGGCAGCGUUUGUGGCCUCGCGCUUGGCGAGCUCCAUCCGCAGUGUAAGCGCCCAGCGCAUCCGUUCUGGACUCUAUGGCCAAGCUGGCAACAAGGGUGCUGUGGCUGUGACGUUUCAAGUAGAAGAGACGAGCAUUUGUGCUGCAUCGGUGCACUUGGAGAGCGGUCAACAAGUCAAGAAGGCUCAGGAAAGGGCAGAUCAACUGCGAGAGAUUCUUCACAGCCUUUGCCGCGACAAGGGUGCAGAUCUUGUGGUGCUUAGCGGCGAUUUCAACUUCCGAGCCAAUUUUCCAGACGCUUCUGCAAAUCCUCAAGCCUUGCGAAAAACCUUGACAGGUGGAUGGAUGAGUGUGGAACAGGGCAGCCCAGUUGGAAUUGCUCAGAUUGGAGAAGGAUCAGCGCCAUCAGCUGAAGAGGUCUUGCGACUCUUUCGUGAAAGUGACGAACUGUAUUCAAGUCGCUCUCAGAGCAGGCAUGCGCUGCAGGAAACUCUGAAGGAGUUCAGCCUGAUGGAAGGGCCCGUGUAUUUCCCACCAACAUAUCGCUUGGUGGAAGGACAGGCGGCCUAUGAUCUUGAAAGACAGCCAGCCUGGUGCGACCGUGUGUUGCACUCCAAGGUCAGUGUCCAGCGAAAGAGUUACUGCGCCUUGGGACUGGCCAACUCAGAUCAUCGGCCGGUGUGUGCAGUGCUUGAGACUUUGUUAUUGGCGAUGCCGCAAGAGGCACAAUCGCAAAAGUCGCCCAGUCCGUCUAGGACACCAGAAGCAGAAAGUCAGCCAGCUGAACUCCCGGAUUUGCUCGAAGUUGACUCGUUUGGGAGUCCAAGUCCUGUCGAAGGAUCCAAGGGCGAAUCCAGUUCUCGACCAAGUUCAGAGGCUGGUGCAACUCCAAGCCCCGUGCACGUCCAAGAGUUUCUGGCUUUGGGGCAAGUGACCGGGAACCUUCAACCAGGACAACUUGUUUAUGCCAAGUACAAGGAUGGAUGGUUCUUGGCCAAUGUCACCUGCAGCGGCAGUGGUUUGGCCGAUGUUGCAUGGCUCAGACCGUCAGGAGAUGUUUGGGGCGACAAGGCCAAAAUGUCGCGCUACCUUUGCUCAACCAACGCAGAUGAGACCUUGCACGGAGACCGCCUACCAAUUGCAACCCAUAUCAGGCUUCCUUCGCAAGCACAUGGUCAAAGUUUGCCAUCCCAAGCUCCGAACCCCGGGGAAAUCGACUUAUUGGGCUAA